GUGGGGGCGUGGUGUGGGUGACGUCCGGGAGAUCGUGGCGCUGGGAGACCGUGGGAGGCCGUGUGCAGUACUUUGCAGCUAAUUUGGAGACCGUUGCCCAGUGCAACUGCAAGCGCCCCCCGUGGUCCAAGUGUUGAGGGUAGGGUCUGGAAGAGAGAGAGAGAGAAGGUUGGUGUGGUGCUGUCAGAGCUGGUCCCGAGCUCGGUGGGUGCGCCUGUGUCCUCUCCUACGGUGGACAAGGUUCUCCGACAGGACCCUCCAUUCGCACUGUGGUGCAUUCAGGCAGUCACCUCGGUCACCGUUGUAGCUGUGUAGUUGUCUGUAGCAUCCUGUAGCAGUUGUGGGCCUGUCACUGGUCCUGUAGACGCCCGCUCGUCCAAGUUCCAUGGGGUCUCUUGACGCUCCGCUGGCCUCUGCUCGGGGGCAGCCACUGCGCCUGGCUCCUCUUGCAACUCUCAACUCCUCGGAAGAGGAACAGGAGCCCCCACGGCAAGUGGCCCACGGAGUGCCAGCGGAGCGGCUUGCCAGCCCCGCAGGGAAGGGAGUGGGUAGCCACCCUACGGGGUCUGUAGGACGCUCCGCUGGCCCCUGCUCGGGGAGAGCCACUGCGUGGUGCCUGGCUCCUCUACGAGGAGACUUUUGCAGCACAAUUCCUCGUCAGAGGAACAUGGCCUCCACGGCUAGUGGCCCACGGAGUGCCAGCGGAGCGGCUCGCAAGCCCCGCAGGGAAGGCACUGGCAACACCCUACGGGGUCUGCAAGCCGCUCCGCUGGCCCCUGCUCGGGGAGAGCCACUGCCGUGGGGCCUGGCUCCUCUACGAGGAGACUUUUGCAGCACAAUUCCUCGUUAG